AUGUUUGAUCAGGUAAUUGACAUAAAAAGCCGUAUACAACAAUGGAGACUCAAUACAGCGAUCCAAACCAACGACUAUGAGCCGCCAACAGGGUCAGAACAGCAUUGGAAGAGUCCAUGCAGAGAUAUCCCUACGCCUCCACCAUCAAAUCACGACAUGGACCGCAGCCCGUCGCCUGCGAAGAAACGGCGAGUAGGACAAAGCCCAGUCGAGGAGGAUGAUGUUCAGAAGACACCCACUGCCCGCUCUCGUGACGCAUCAGACCUGCCCUACCGACUUUCAAAUCCACCAAGCUUCGCCGCGUCCGAGUCGUCCGCUGCGUCAUCGCGAUAUUCGAAGAGCCCCAGCCGGCGCUCAGGGAGCCCUACUAAACGAUUCCACCUUCAGGCUCUCAAAAAGCCUGUGUUCUACAUGCCACUUUACGAUAAUGCGACCGACCAGCUACCGGCCGACGUACAGAAGUUGUAUAGUCGGAUAUAUCAAAUUGCAGUAGAGCGAGACGCGUUCCUGCCACAUAUUAUCCGUGACGAAAUUUGUGCGGCAACUGGCCGACAUAUUAAAGGGUCAUGGUUCACUACGUCGCCAACGGAGCAGGGUAGCAUGUCCCGAGACGAAGAUCGGUCUAUAGCCUUAAAAGAACUAGAGAAGCUUAAGGACAUUGUAUCUGAUGCUCGGGAUAGUCAGGCCCUCAAUCGAUCGGAAGCCUCUUGGAAUAUGGAGGUUCAUGGCCCACUGCUUAAACUAGCAUUAAAACCUUUUAGCUCCGUCAAACGGGAGUUGGCAACGACGGCGCGGAUUCUUCCACCUUUUGUACCCACAUCGGACGGUGCGGGACAGGCUGUAGAGAGCAAGAUGAUCGAUUUUGUCCUAGUCUUAGCACUGGACAACAUUCAAACUUCAAGCGCAGACAAGGCAUUGGCUGAGCGGAUCCGAGACACGGUGUUGUCUGAACCGAGAGACAUGCAAUCCGUCAACCAGACGCAGUAUCAACCCGUUCAAUUCCGGCCGAUAGGCAGUAUGAUCGAGACGAAAGUAACAGGUUCUGCCGAGGAGGGCAGAAUUCAGCUUGGCGUAUCUACAGCUGCGUGGCAUCAGCGCAUAGGGGCUUUCCUGGAGGCAAAGCGCUCAGCUUUUCCAGAGGAAGAUAGACGCGCAAUCGCCACGCUGCCACAGCUUCUGGUCUUGGAACAAGAAUGGAAGCUUUAUUUUGCUUGUGAUCGCGGCAAUUGUUUGGAAAUGGUGGGGGAUAUGUCUGUUGGAGAUAAUAAGAGCCUCAUUGGGGCCUACAUUGUUGUGGCAGUGGUGCGCGAGAUCGCAAGGUACAUGACUUCUACUUAUAAGGAGUUCAUCACCCAUGUAUUCGAACCAGGCAUAUGA